GUCAUUAAGCGCUCAAGGUCCUCAAGGUCUUUUGUGUUGCUAAUGAGUGACAGUGCUAAAUGAUAUUCAUGCAGUUUAUUCGUCAAGAUAUUACGUUGUUUCAUCUUCAAAUAUGAAAGUGAAGAGAUCUAAGGCAUCGGACUUAGCUGAAUCACUCAAGCACCUUAAAAUUAGCGAUCGCCGUUUUCGUCCCCAACUGAAGGGGUCUACACUCCACACACUUGCUUCUCUUAGUGAAGUAUCUUCGGGCUGUAGAUAUAAUUUUCGAAUGACACGGUCUGCCUCGUCAGCAACGGUUGUAAGUUACGGUUUUCGGUGUUGCAAAGCAUGUGAAUAUUGUCGAGCUAUCAGAAAAGCUGGUACUGAAGGUGAAGUGAUAGAUAACAAUUCAAAUCAGGCGAGUACUUUGUAUCCAUGUUUGUCAGUAGAACAUUCAAAUACAUCGGCAGACUGUUCUGAAGACACAGGAUCUUUAUUAGAACCACCUACUUCAUCUAUCAGAAGACCAUCUGGCUACCUCUGUACAACACUCCCGCCAAAACCCUGCCAUUCCAACUAUAGAACCGUAGCAUGUGACCUGCGCCCUUUGCAUGUUUCCUCCUUCUUCGAACCCACCCAUUUACGUCGGUCUUAUGGCAAUGAGUUGAGUGAACUUGAUCAAGACCAUAGUUCGAUCACUCAAAGUCCUUACAACACAACCAGCACAGAUCACGGUGAUCACCCUUUAUGCUGCUGUCACGUCAUUGGGUUUCAUUUACCUCAUCACUUACGUCUAUAUCGUCGACUGUACAGUCUUGUUGACCACCCUUGUGUAAGUCUAUAUUACCCUUGCAAACAUCAUGCAUAUAGACACACUACAGUACCCAGUGGCUGUUCCACGGGAGCAGCUACUUCCUUCCGUCGUUCUUUAUCAUCAAGGCAUCGCCAUACCAUUACUCCAGUUUCAGUUCAUCGAUUUAGCAUCGAUUCACGGACCGCAUCAUGUUCUAAAUCUUUAGAUACUGAAUGCGAUUCGGGACUGACAGAUGUAUCUCCUGGAUCCAACUAUUGUAGUAUUCAUCAGCAUACGGCAGUGCAAUCGUGUUUACAACAAAGUGCAGCUAAAUACAAAAGUCAGCUCACUGAAAAUCGUCUUGUUGGAACCCAGCGUUGUCGUAGAAAUUCGGAUCCAGAAAGUUGGCAGCAGUUUCGUAAUUUACAAUUCAGUGGACCUUCUAUAUCUAGUGAUAUGAACGAGAAUUUUGAUUUGAAUGUCUCAUACGACGGUGAAUUUAACCGGACAGAAGCACUACUGAAUAACUCACAGACUGAUCAAACAGAUGUAUCCAUUCGGUUUAGUACAUUUAGGAACCGAGAGGUGAAAACUUUAGGAUCUAACUUACAGUUUCAUGGAGCCGAUCAUCAAUAUGACGCCAAACUUUGUAAUUCAGUUGUGGAUAGUAAUGGCAAUAGAAAUAAUAUUGAUUAUGAGUAUGCUUUGCCGGAUAGUAAUACCCAAUUCGCACGGCCGAUUAUUGCAAAAACCACAACUAAUUUCCCUGCAUUUAAUAUUUCGAAUUCUGUUUUCACUCCAUUGGCUAAUGAAAAUUCUAAUUUUUGUCAAAUGAAAUUUUCACAAAGUACUGACACUUUGCCACAGUCUAAAAAUUCGAUUGUUUCAUAUGAGUCUACUUUGAAUCCAAGUUCACAACAACAACAACAAUUUCACUUUCGACCUUCACUUUUAUCAUCAGCUGAACGUUCUGAACCGCCUAUAUCAUCAAUCAUGUAUACAUCAGAUACUUGCUUCUCAUUGCGUUCUAACAAAUCGAAUACUGUGAAUUCUUCAGAUAUAUCACUAUGCAGGUCACAGACAGAAAUGGAUAAUCAAUCUGGAUUAGCUUGUCAACCGUUAGUUUGGACUGACUUAAGUGGUGACGGUGGUGCUAAUACUUCGCUGAAACAACCUUUUAUGGAAUCCGAUGUGAAAGUGAAGGAAAGUACUGCCCAAUGUUCCAACGAAGCAAAUUAUUUAAGCAUUGCUGAUAUGAGUCAUCAUGUCAAUAGUAAUAAUAAACCUCAAUUAGUUUCAGAUGUAUCAGUAAAUGAAUUAGCUUCGUACAUGGAACAUAUGGUUCAUAUUCCGGGCAGAAUGUCUGAAAUGGCUCAAAGAAUGUAUCUUUAGCUGUAGUAUUGGUUAAUUUACCUCAAGAUUAACGUCAGUUUUCAUGUACUAAGAUGCCUUGGAAGACAACUUUUUCCAGCUUUCGUACAUAAAUAUUUUUAAGUGGAAUGUAUUGGUUCUCUAAACAGAGUUUGUUGUUUACAAUUUCCUCAUAAUUGUAUUGUGAUAUGUUAUAUUUGUUUAUUAUUUCUGUCUAUCUAAUUAUUGUCAUUUCAGUGAAAAAUACAUUUCGAUUUCAUUUUCUUUUAAAAACUGUGAUGAUAAUCUCCGAGUGAGGUGGUAUACAUAUAGCCACCAUAAAUGUUCUGUAAUAUCUCACAUGAAUAAUUGUAUAAAGAUUAACUGUAAUCCAAUGAUCAUUAAAAACGUUAUUUGUGUUCAUAAAAUUCCAUUGGUUCUCAGAUUUCCUUACUAUGUUUCCAACUGUAUGUGUUUCUUCUGUCAAUCUGCCCUUCCUCUCUUCAUAACACAUUUCUUUUUUGACAAUACAUGUCUUUUUUUUCCUCAGUAGUGACGUCUAAUCUGUAUUAUUUAUUUCGAGGUUAACAAUACACAAAAUAGCUUAUCAUCAUUUUGAAUAAAUGGUAUAAUAUUUUCGCAUCACGCUUUACUGUUCACUUUUAUCAUUAUUGACUUUCAAGAUGAGUCGUUAUUCUUUCGUCGUCUUUCUCUUUCUGUAUUCUAAUCACUUUCGUCUCUGUUCUGACUAAAGUGGUGAUAAUUGGUGUAAGCGCAUUUAAUUGUUUAGUUUGCGUAAUUUUCUCUUAGUCCUACUAAUUUUUCGCAUCCAAUUUAUGUCACAUGCUCAGCUUCUUAUCCCUUUUAUUUCUAGAUACGUGUAGAAAUUUAUCUAUCUAUUUUUCUUGAUAAAUGUAAGCGGUUUACAAUAAAUAAACAAACAAGCAUAAAGGCACAUGGAAUCACUAUUUACUUGCUAUAAGUAGUAAGCACUAUGAAAAUGACUAUGACAAGUUACUAAGGUAAUUCUUCUCCUUGUUAAUGGUCUCUGUUAUUUUAACAUUGUUUGGAAAUCUAUUUUAUCUUUUCUUAUACAUUGUAACAUUAGGUGAGAUCAGCUUAAAUGAGAAAAGAUAAAAAUUGAUAAUAACAAAUAAUAGUUAACUACUUCCGUCUCAUCAUAUUUUAGCAACGUUAAGCAUUUCUUAGUAUGUUUAUUUGUCUUUACAACUUCUUUGUUUCUUUUCCUUAUGUUGAUGUCUGUUUCAUGGACAGAUUUCCGCUACUUAUAUAUAGUUAUUUCUUUCUAAUAUCUAUAGUAAAUUGAGUAAUCAUAUUUAAGAGUAAUAAGAAUGGAAUAAAAUAUAUAUUUAUAUGUA